UUUGGGAUUUUUUGGGGGAUUUUUUUGGGAUUUUUUCCAUUUCUGAUUUUUAACCCAUUUUUCCCCAUUUCUGUGAUUUUUUUGCAGCAAAUGGAGCGGUUCAAGGUGGUGGAGAGGGAGACCAAGACCAAGGCCUACAGCAAGGAGGGGCUGGGCCUGGCCCAGAAGGUCGAUCCCGCCCAGAAGGAGAAGGAGGAGGUCGGGCAGUGGCUGACGAACACCAUCGACACCCUGAACAUGCAGGUGGAUCAGUUCGAGAGCGAGGUGGAGUCGCUGUCGGUGCAGACGCGCAAGAAAAAGGGGGACAAAGAUAAACAGGACCGUAUCGAGGCCCUGAAGCGGCAGGUGGAGCGGCACCGGUUCCACGUGCGCAUGCUGGAGACGCUGCUGCGGAUGCUCGACAACGACUCGAUCCCGGUGGACCCGGUGCGGAAGCUGAAGGACGAUGUGGAAUAUUACGUGGAUUCCUGCCAGGAGCCCGACUUCGAGGAGAACGAGUUCCUCUACGAUGACCUGGAUCUGGAUGACAUCCGUAGGGAAAUGGGGGAAAAUGGGGGGAAAUUGGGAAAAAACGGGAAAAAACGGGGAGAAAAUGGGAAAAAACGGAGAAAAACGGGGAGGAAAUGCAAAAAAAAGGGCAAAAAAUGGGGGAAAGUUGGAGGAGAACGAGUUCCUCUAUGAUGACCUGGAUCUGGAUGAGAUCCGUAGGGAAAUGGGGGAAAAAGGGGGGAAAUUGGGAAAAAAU